AUGAAGGCAGCUUUGGAAGAAACAGAAGAUAAAAGAAAGGGAAAGACAUUGAAAAAGAAACAAGCCGAAAGAAAACCUGCAGCAAAGCUGCUUCUUAAAGAAACACCUAGCUGCUCAGAAAUAUCUAACAUUCUUAGAGGCAUUUAUCAUUUCAUCAAAGAUGAAGAAGCUUGUGCUAAAUUUGGGGGAAACUGCACUUUUGAUUUCAUUCCUUGCAUCAACUUAUGUGUGGAUUACUUACUGAAUCACUUUGCCUGUGAUGAACUUCUUACAAAUCAGUUUGCUAACAUAUUAUAUUAUUUCAUUCGAAAUUUCCUCAGCGCUCAAGUUUUGUGGAAAAUGCUGGAAAUUUUGGCAGCAGCAUAUUUAUUGACUGGUAGACAUGAAGAAGCUCUUCUCACUGUUGGAAGGUGUUAUAUAAUGCAUGAAAAUAAGUUGAAACAAUGCAUGGAUAUGUGGCGAAGAAUUAAAAAAGAUGCCUUACGAGGAGGACAUGAGAAAAUAAUUUCCAGAACUAUGAGUGACAUACUUUUGCAAUUAAACUGUACCAUUGAUGUAGAUAAAGAAAUAAGGUUGCUGUAUGAGGAGUUGAAAAUUUGCAUGUCAGACAGAUCAUGCAUUGAUAUGUGUUUGGAAAGCGUUGAAAUUCUUAAAGACUGCCUCAAAGAAAACUCUGCGGAUAAUACUUUAAAGCUACAGUUGUCCUCUGCUUAUUUUUGGUUGUAUCAAUUUAAAUUGAGAGCACUGCACAAAAUUUCUGAUAAAGAAGCAGAAAAUGCAUUAAAGCCUUCGCCUGUGAGAAAGGAUGAGACCAAGUUGAAUGAUUGUGAAGAUGAAAAUGACAUUUGUAAUAUUAAACCUGCAUUCCCUCUUGUCACAAUAGCUGUUGAAGUUGAAGUAACUAAAAUUUUAGACCAGGCACUUGAAAUAUGGUCUGAUGUAUUUAAUGAUCCUGCCUGUGACUACAAGAAGCUUUCCGAAGUCAUGAAAGAAAAUAUUGUUCUUGAGCUUAUGCAAGCCGCAGCUGAAACAUAUGCUACUAUUGUUCAAGAUGUAAAUGAAUUGAAAAUGUUGGUUAUCUUACAAAAGGUUUCUGAAAAUAUGGGGAAUAAGGAAUAUGAACUUCUUGCUGGAAUUUCAUUGGUCAAUUUCUUAGUUCGGUUAGGAUACUUGCAAAUGGCGUCGAAAAUUUUGAAUCACAUCCAAAAGGAUGUGUCAUUGCUUGAUACUUCAGAGAUUGACUCAGAAGUCAUAAGUGUCAAGUUUGACUUGGCCAAGUCCAAUUUUUGUUUUCAUUCAGGAGAGCUGAGCUAUUAUUUAUCUUUGCCUAUUGCUGCAUUUGGAGAUGAAAACAUUGCAGAAAGUUUGCGAACAAAUACUGCUAUGGCUUCAUCCUUGGAAGCCAUGUCCUUGUAUAAAGCCCUUUUAAAGCAUUUAACUGAAAAAGAAAACUGUUCCUCUGUAGCUUUUAGUACGUCUUUGCUGAGAAGUCUUUUGAAAUCAUAUUUACAUCUUGGAGAACUCUAUCGUGAGUGUGGCGAACCUCGCUUUGCGAGAUGUUAUUUACAAGAAGGUUUGCACCUUGCAGAAUCGAUGCUUCUGACUUAUUGGUCUUCUAAAAUUCUAAUUGUUUUGGCUCAAGUGGACCUAUUGUGUGAUAACACAACUGAUUGCUUGGUAAAAAUAAAUGGAUUGAAGUACAUAAAUGAUAAAUCUCAAGAUGCUGGAUCAUUGCUGUCAGAGGCAUUUCUGCAAAUUGAAGAUUCUACAGUGCCUGACUCUCCAGAUGGUGACAGUGAUGAUGAAAUACUUUUUAAUGAUCCUAAAGAUCUUCCCAAACCUAAAGCAUCUACCAUGUUGAGGACUCGAAAAAAAAUUCUCAAAAGUGAAUCUGAAAACUGUGAUGACUCAUCUUACAAAUUUUUUAAGUCAAAAAAUAAUCAUUUAGGUGUGAGUUCUGCUGGUGACAUAUGGAGUUUAUCUUUGCUCUGCACUCCCAAAAAGAAUUGGACUGUUGUUCAAGUGAAUGCUUUAUCUACAGAAUCUUCAACAAUGUUAAAAAAAAUUCCUAGUCUCUCAAAGCUUAUAAUAUGCCAGUAUCGACUUAACACUACUCCAGUAAUUAUUAGUACAGAUAGUUCAUCUAAUACCAGGCUAAACUGUAACUUCCUUGCAGAGUUGGGUAAUAUUUUAGGAGAAAAUGCUUUGACAAUGAAAAGCAAAGAUUCUAAAUUGUGGUGGACAACUAGAUCAUCAUUAGAUAUGAGGUUAAAACAUUUAGCUCAUGAUAUGGAAAAUAUCUGGUUGGGAUGCUGGAAGGGACUUUUCUUGGGAAUUCCUACUAACGAAGAAAGAAUUCAACAGCUGUGCUCUGAUGCUGCUCAUGAGCUUUUCUUGUCAGCUGAUAAGAAGCUCUUGCAGGUUCUGCUUGACUCGGCCUCAUUUCUUACACGAGAGCAAUUGUCAGCUGCUGUGUGUCAUUUAUGGAACUGUAGCCCUCUUGAUGAAGUCCAUUCAAAGCUGUGCAAUGCUAUUCGAAACAUAUCUUACAGUCUACCUGAAACUGAGAGACAUCCUGUUAUACUGAUCUUAGACAAGGAUAUCCAAUCACUGCCUUGGGAAUGCAUGCCUGUUCUAAAUGGUGUUCCAGUUUCAAGAAUGCCAUCUCUCAGUCUUUUGAGCUAUAAGUUAUCAUCUUGCAAUUCUCAGUCUACUUUGUUCCAGGGAUUGGAUGACAAUAAAACAUUCUAUAUUUUGAAUCCCAGUGGAGAUCUAAAAAAUACACAAAAAUAUUUUCAAGAAAAAUUUGAAAAGCAAUCACAGUGGCUUGGAAUUGUAGGUAAAGUUCCAGAAAACAACGAAUAUGCUGGAGCACUUCAGGAUUAUGAUUUCCUUCUUUAUUGUGGACAUGGCAGUGGCAAGCAUUAUCUACAAAACAAAUCUAUUGAUAAAUUAAAGAAUCGUGCUGCAGCAUUGUUGAUGGGCUGCAGCAGUGGCCGCUUGAAUCAGCUUGGUAGACAGUUGGAAGCACAUGGAAUUGCUUUGAGAUUUCUGCUGAGUGGAUGCCCAUGUGUUGUUGGCAAUUUAUGGGAUGUGACAGACAAAGAUAUUGAUCGUUUUAUGGAGAAACUAAUACAAUUGUUGAUGCCAAAUUAUGAAGAAUCACACACCUCAGUAAACAUCUGUAAAGCAGCCUCACUUGCGCGAAAUGUAUGUAAAAUGAGUUAUUUAGUUGGAGCUGCACCUGUAGUUUAUGGAUUUCCAGUUUUUGCCUCGAAUAGAAGUGAUAAAAAUUUAUCUCUUGACAGAAGCUGAAAUUUACUUUGAAUUUUUAGGACUGACUCAGAGUUUCCAUAAUUUAUCAGAAAUCUCAGAAUGUUUUUUACACAGUUCUUGUAUCGAGAAUUUUGUACAUUGUCUUUGUAAGAAAACCAUCGAUUUUAUGAUCCCCUUUCUUUUAGAUUUGUAUUUAUAUUACUUGAUAUUUCAU